UUUAAUUCUUAAGAAAAGCAGUGUGCCAGGGCCUGCCCUUGCACUUAGAGUGGACUAGGAGGUGCUCCCUUGCUGGGUCUCACUCCAGCCGCGCUUUGCUCCUCUCUGUUCUUGCACUUGCCUCAGUGGCCUCUGCAGCAGAGCCUCAUGCUGGCCCUUCCCUCUGCUUGGGAUGCCCCUGUUAUUUUUCCCUGCAGUCUUGGAGGGCUGGUUCAUUGGUCAUUAUUCACAUGUCAUCUCUGUCCCACCUCGUAGACUGCUGACUCCCCCCGUGGCAUCCUACUUCCGUCGUGUCCUGCAGGUUUGCUUCCUACCUUUGCCUCUUUUUUUUUUCUUGAGACAGUCUCUCUGUGUUGCUCAGGCUACAGUGCAGUGGCACAAUGUCGGCUCACUGCAACCUCCACCUCCCAGGUUCAGGCGAUUCUCCUGCCUCAGCCUCCUGAGUAGCUGGGACUACAGGCACACAUCACCACACCUGGCUAAUUUUUGUAUUUUUUUAGUAGAGACAGCGUUUUGUCAUAUUGGCCAGGCUGGUCUCGAACUCCUGAACUCAAGUGAUCCACCCUCCUCAGCCUCCCAAAGUGCUGGGUUCACAGGCGUGAGCCACCGCGCCCAGCCUACCCUUACCUCUUGGGGACGCCUCUGUGGCUGGACUUUGCUGUGA